GCACGUGUUGCGCCUCGUAGUAUUUACAUGCUGCAAAGCUCUGAGCUGCAAGGAAGCCUCCAUUCAGCUGGCGCGAAAAUAUGACAAUAACAUACUAAUCUGUUAAAUAUAUUAACUUAAAAAAUGACUUAAAUCGAAGGCUUUGCCUUUCAGUAAGAUUGUUAUGUGUAAUAGUAUAGUUACAUUUAGCCGUGUUACAUGUUAUGUACUGCAAGGGUGCAGGUGAACCUGGAUGAAGAGGAUGACGUGUGUAAUAAUGCCAUCACAACUUCUUGAAGGGAUGUCCAGCAGGAAGCGGAGACCCAACUGGACCGACCAGGAGUGUCUUCUUCUGGCUCAGCUGAUGCAGGAGAGGAAGGAGGUCAUCAGAGGGAAGUGCAGCAGCGGCGUGUCCAUACAGGACAAAAGACAAGCCUGGGAGGAAAUCGCCCAAUCCAUCAACAUCGCCUUUCCACAGAUUCAGCGCACAGUUUCUGACUGCAACAAGAAGUGGGAAAACCUGCUGGCCAAGUCCAAGGAGGAGAUCAAACGACAGAGAAGACAAGGACUCUCAGAAGGCCUGUCCGUGGUGCACUUCAGCCCCGUGACCCAGGUGGUGAUCUCUGUGAUGAACCUCUCAGAGAUCCUGGACAGAGAAGACGCUUCACUCUCUGAGUUUGUGGAAGCUCAACAAAACAGCAGUGAUGAAGACGGACACGAGCACAGGCUGGAUGAACGGUUCUCACACACACGCCCCCUGAGGGAGCUCCACCUCCCCUCGUACCCCGAUGCACCUUCUUCUCCGGCAGAGCAGAAAAUGUCUGAUUUGAUGGACGUCUCCAGAUCCCUGGCGGUGCACUUCAGCGCUCACCACCACCACGGCGCCGCCGCCCCCCCGGGGCGCCCGGAGGCCCCCGCCUCCUCGCCCCCGGCCGGUCACCGCACGACGCUGCAGGAGCGGAUGGAUUUGGAGAUGUCCGUGCUGAGGAGACAGGAGGCGGUCCUCAAGCUGCAGGAGGAGUAUUACACACUGAAGAUUCAGCAGAUGAAAAAGCAAACGGGGCCGCGCUCAGAGGCCUGAGGAGGUCGCGGAGGACGACCUGUCGGACCCCGCAGGACGUCGGAUAUAUCGUCUCCACACGCACGUCUGAGUGACAUCACAUCACGCAAGAAUAAAGUGUUCCCAGCUGGAUGCAAACCUAUUCGCAUGAGAAGAUUUCAGUUUACUUUCAGGGUAACCGACUUGCAUGAGAAGAUUUCAGUGUUUGGCCCUUGCUUCAGGGCCAUAUCACGAUACGUCUUAAAAUACAAGCGAGUGUGAGAAGAACACGUGACACAAUAACAGAAGUUGACACAACCGUGUUUAUUUUAAUUACAUCUGUAAAAAAAAAAAAAAUUCCAGAAGCCCAAGUUAUUCUUUACAGUAUAAAUGCGUUUCUGUCCACUCGUCUAGUUUUACACUGUGAGAAAUGUCGUUUAUUUACCGAUUCAUGCCAUUUAGGCCUAAGUGCAAAUUUGGAAGCUGUAAAUGUUUGACAUGUACCGACAUACAUAUUUAUGAAAACUGAAGCGGGGCGCGCCAACGAAAGCAAAGCUACAAUAAUGUCCUGUCUAGACUAAUGUAGCAAUUUGUGUGUAAUAUUUCUCAUAAAAUGUGUUUAUUUUGGAGUUGGCCCCCCGAUGUGAGCGGCGGGGCCCCGAGUGUUGAAUACAAGUCUGUUAUUUGCUGCGUGGUUUGCUCAUUUCCUUUGUUAGUGUUAGUGCGGACUGUUGCUGAGUCAGCAAGCAGCGAGAAACUUCUAGAGAAACUUUACUAUUGCUCUCAGCGCGAGGAGUCGACGGAGCGCUGAAGAGUCCUCAAACGCUCAUGGAGCUGCAUGUGCUGCUCUGGUUAGACGUUUGGCAGGCGGCUGCUUGACGACGCAUUUUAUCCAAAUGUGUGUCAUGGAGUCAAAGGUUUUAUUGAAAAGAUUAUUAUUAUUAUCACACGUCAUGAUUAUUCUCCAAUUCAUCAUUUUUCAUCUGACGUCCCACAUGAUUUAAAGUACUUCACCUGCCCCACUCACAUAUAUAUACAGGACUGUCUCAGAAAAUUAGAAUAUUGUGAUAAAGUUCUUUAUUUUCUGUAAUGCAAUUAAAAAAACAAAAAUGUCA